AGGAGGAGGAGGAGGAGGAGGAGGAGGAGGAGGAGGAGGAGGAGGAGAUGAAAGGUGCAGGUUCCCCCAGGGUGCUAUGCUGAAGUGGCUCGUAACCCGCCCCGCCCCGCCCCAGGAGGUGCUGACGGAGGACCCCCUGGCUACCCUGGGCCCCCACGCCACCCAGGGGAAGGUCACCCAGGUGUAUGCCGUGUCCAGAGUGAACCCGCUGUACGAGGAGGAGGAUGGCGUGGGUGGCGGCGUGGGCGUGGGCGGCGGCGGCGUGGCGGGUGUGGGUGGCGGGGGCGGUGGUGAUGGGGCGUCGCUCCGGUCCUCGGGGUACGGCAGCAAGGAGACUGACUCUGACGGGGAGGAUGGGGGUGUGGCGGGGGGCGUGGCGGGGGGCGUGGUGGUGUCCUGCCAGCCUGCCUAUGUGAGUGCCAUCAGUGUGGGUGUGCGCCGCGCCCGCUCCAUGGAGGCCCUGCCGCCCACGCGCCCCACGCUGCCGCUGCGCCAGGUGUGCACCGUGCCGCGCCCCGCACCCUCACGGCGCCCACCCACGCACCCCGCUCCCCUGCUGGCCUGCGACCCCCGCUACGUGGCCGGCGUGCUCACCCACCACCCCAAGCAGCCCCCGCCCUCCCCGCCCCGGCCCCUGCCCCAACCUCCGCCACCCCUGAGGUGGGCCCCGACUCCCUACUGACCCCCGCCACACUUCGCCUCAUGGUCCCCAGGGGCGCCGACCACUCUCCGGGGGGCAGCAGCGAGCACCUCUACGAGAUACCCCGCACACCCCCAGUGCCGCGCCGCCACCCAACCCCGCCCCCCACUGCGCGCCGCCCCCGCCGCGGCCUGAGCGCCUCUCUGUC